GACUUUGACCGCGAAAAUGAAAUUAUUGUAUAUCAAGGUCAAAUAUUAGGAAGAUCUUUCAAAGCAAUGUGAUACAAUUCUUAGCAAUAGGACAUGUCACUUUAUGCAACUGGUCACAUUGAUAUCGUAUUUUGUUGUAUUACACUAUAUCACUUUGCAUCGCCAAGGGACUGAUGCUCGUCCCUGUCAUAUUUACUCGUUUGUGUCCCUUGUAUGUAGAGUGAAUGUGUCAAAGACUGUGACGAUGUGUAGUUAGCAUUAAGCUAAAAGCAAUUACAGUUGCGAAUUAUAAGUACGAAUAUCGAUGAAGCGUUAUGAAUUAUUAAUAACCAGCUGGUCAUAGUUGGAAUUACGACAUGGCAUCUCGCAGAUGGUUUCAUCCGAACAUAUCGGGUUUAGAAGCAGAGCGCUUAUUAAUGGAACGAGGUUAUGAUAGUUCAUUUUUGGCACGUCCAAGUUCAUCUAAUCCCGGUGAUUUCACAUUGUCUGUAAGGAGAAAUGGUGAGGUAACUCAUAUUAAAAUACAAAAUACAGGAGACUUCUAUGAUCUUUAUGGUGGUGAAAAGUUUGCAACCUUGUCAGAACUUGUACAAUUUUAUAUGGAAAAUGGAGGGCAGUUACGUGAAAAAAAUGGAGAAGUUAUUGAAUUAAAAUAUCCAUUAAAUUGUGCAGAUCCAACAACUGAAAGGUGGUUCCAUGGCCAUUUAUCAGCUAAAGAAGCAGAACGUUUAAUGCUGGAGCGAGGUAAAAAUGGAUCUUUUCUGGUUCGUGAAUCCCAGAGUAAACCUGGUGACUUUGUACUAUCUGUACGCACAGAUGAUCGUGUUACACAUGUUAUAAUACGAUCUCAGGAUAAUAAAUAUGAUGUUGGAGGAGGUGAUAAAUUUGAUAGUCUAAGUGAUUUAAUAGAACAUUAUAAACGUAAUCCAAUGGUUGAAACAAGUGGAAGUGUUGUUCAUUUACGACAACCUUUCAAUGCUACUCGCAUAAAUGCAAGCGGUAUUGAAAGCAGAGUGAGACAAUUACAUAAGGAAAAUGGUUGUUCAAACGGAUGGCUAUGGAAUGGAGCUACAGGUAGCAAUGAAGGAGGAACGGGGCGUGGUAAAGGAAAAGCUGGUUUCUGGGAAGAAUUUGAAUCAUUACAACAGUUGGAAUGUCGUCACUUAUUUUCUAGAAAAGAAGGUUUACGUCCUGAAAAUCGAGCAAAGAAUCGAUAUAAAAAUAUUUUACCAUUUGAUCAUACAAGAGUGCGUUUAAAAGAUGUUGAUCCAAGUAUUCCUGGAGCUGAUUAUAUUAAUGCCAAUUAUAUUAGGAAUGAGGAAGGAGAUAGUCAAACUAGUGGUAUUAAUGCUGGGGGAGAUAGUGGAUCUUUUAAUAAAUGUUACAUAGCAACACAAGGUUGUCUUCCAAACACAAUACACGAUUUUUGGCACAUGGUGUAUCAAGAAAAUACACGAGUAAUAGUUAUGACCACAAAAGAAAUGGAGCGAGGAAAAAAUAAAUGUGCUCGAUAUUGGCCAGAGGAAGGUGAAAUUACAGAAUACGGAGGUGAAUGGAAAGUUCGUGCUUUGUCUCGUACUUCAACGGCAGAUUAUACAUUACGAGAAUUUUUAUUGCAUGGAAGCAAGCCAUGUUUCACAGAGUCGAGAAGAAUUUACCACUAUCACUUUCAAGCGUGGCCCGAUCAUGGUGUUCCAUCAGAUCCUGGAUGUGUAUUAAAUUUCCUUCACGACGUUAAUGCAAGACAAGAAUCAAUUGCUACUUCUCUUACUUCAAAUGGUCAAAGUGUAGCAAGUAUAGGACCAAUUCUUGUACAUUGUAGUGCUGGAAUUGGUAGAACUGGAACAUUUAUUGUUAUUGAUAUGAUUCUUGAUCAAAUCAAGCGUCAUGGAUUGGAUUGUGAAAUUGAUAUUCAGAGAACUAUUCAAAGAGUACGUUCACAGAGAUCAGGAAUGGUUCAAACAGAAGCGCAAUAUAAAUUUGUUUAUCUUGCUGUAUUACACUACAUUGAAACUGUAUCUCAACGAAUGCAAGCAGAACAGAAAUCUCUUCAUCUAGGUCGGGAAUACACUAACAUUCGUUAUAAAAGUGAAACGAAUGUUACAACUAUGGGCGAUAUACCGGUCCCUGCAUGUACUACAACAACUAUUUCAGCGUCAACACAUUUCACAUUACCUACUUCUAUCAGUAAUUUGAGGCCAAAGUAAUUAUCAUUAGCACCAAAUAUCACCAAAUCUCGACAUUUUUUAAAAGCAUAAAAGAGGCUUCGUUACUCUCAUCAGAUCAGAUAUGACUUUGAGCUUUGAUAUUAUUUUCGUAACAAAUUAUGUUAAUUUGCAAACUAAUUGAUUAUUUCUGAUAUUCUUUCAAAAUAUGUUCUAUUGUAAUUAAUCUACACACGAAUCUAAAAAUAUAAAAAGAUGGCAAUUUCAAUACAUUGCACUUAAGUUGUUAAAGCAAUCAGUAGUACGCUACAGGUAAAUAUUGUGUUAUAACAACAGCAACAACAACAAAAUAAUAUUUUCUAACGAUUUAAGCUCAGCGCUAAAUGACAAAAAGCACUAGAAUGAAAAGUUUCAGUAGUAAUUACAUUAAGUAUAAUACAGGUAUAUAAUUGCUUUCAUACUAUUCUUUUGCUAUCUAUAUUACGUCAAAUAUUAAUUAAAUAACAAAUUUAUCUCGAUACGUGUUACGAUACGUAACGAAUUUUUUAGAAUUUUCCUAGCUUCCGGGUUUAAUAUUACAUACUGCGCCUCAAAAUACAUUGAUAUUUGUUUUUAUUGUGAUUACAUAAUUGUACAAAUUUUUUUAGUUAUAUUUAGAACUGACUUUUAUACAGAGUUUUCAUUUUAAUACUUUUUCAAAGAUUAUGAAUAAAAAAACAUUUAUUAUUUGUAAAUUUUAUCAUAUUGAAAGGCAGAACAUGCAAAGAUGUGAUACACCCAGUUUCACAUAUAAUAAGACGUGUAUGGACCAUUAUUUUAUUGCAAUUAAUAUUUCUUAAUUAUAGUAAAUGUACUUAAUUAUGUUAUAAUUAUUAAAAUUGACCUUGAAAUUUUUUUAA